GGUGGGGCAGGAUGCUGGAUGGCCAGCUCUUCUCCGAGGGGCCCGACAGCCCCCGGGAGCCCCAGGAUGAGGAGUCUGGCAGCUGCCUCUGGGUGCAGAAAUCCAAGCUGCUGGUGAUCGAAGUGAAGACUAUUUCCUGUCAUUAUAGUCGCCGCGCCCCUCCUCGACAGCCCAUGGACUUCCAAGCCAGCCACUGGGCCCGAGGGCCCCAGAGCCGCACGUGUGGGCCGCGCCCGGGAUCCCCUGAGCCGCCGCCCCGCCGUCCCUGGGCCUCCAGGGUGCUGCAGGAGGCGACCAACUGGCGGGCGGGGCCCCCGGCCGAGGCCCGAGCCCGGGAGCAAGAAAAAAGGAAAGCGGCAUCGCAGGAGCGGGAGGCCAAGGAGACCGAGCGAAAAAGGCGCAAGGCUGGUGGGGCCCGAAGGAGCCCCCCCGGUCGGCCCCGCCCGGAACCUCGGAACGCCCCUCGGGUGGCCCAGCCUGUAGGGCCCCCGGCUCCUUCACGACCCGAGCGCCUGGGGCCGGCGGGGCGACCGCCCCGUCCAUCCGCGCAGCCGCAGAGCGACCCAGGGGCGGCGUGGGCGGGGCCCUGGGGAGGUAGAAGGCCAGGGCCCCCCAGCUACGAGGCUCACCUGCUGCUGAGAGGCGCAGCCGGGACAGCCCUGCGACGACGCUGGGACCGCCCGCCACCCUACGUGGCUCCACCUUCUUACGAAGGCCCCCACAGGACCUUGGGGUCAAAGCGAGGCCCCGAGCCCUCCCAGGCGCCAACCUCAGCAGCCUCUGCUCCGAUUCCGGCCGGGACAGAGGGAGGGUGCACAAAGAAGAGGCUGGAUCCUCGGAUCUACCGGGACGUCCUCGGGGCUUGGGGUCUCCGACAGGGGCGGGGUCUCUUGGGGGGAUCCCCAGGCUGUGGAACAGCCGGGCCGAGGCUGGAGUCCUUGGGCAAGGGGGCCGCGGAGAAAAGCCUGGGGCUGGCCACUAGUGGUAGCGACGGCCAUUCCCAAGCCAAAGCUGCUGUUAACCCAAGCACGGAGACGGCUCCUGCGGGCUUGGCCGCUGCGACUCCCAGCCCCCCGCGUCCCGCUCCCAGGUCCAGGCCCCAUCUCAAGGGCUCCGGGGAAGGGAAAGAAAAUAGGGAACAGAGCUGGCUCCCCAAAUGCUGGAUUCCCUCCCUUAAAAAGCAGCCGCCCCGACAUAGCCAGACCCUCCCCAGACCCUGGGCUCCAGGAGGCACGGGAUGGAGAGAGUCCCUGGGUCAUAGAGAGGGGGCUCGACCUGAGACCUUGGAGGGUUGGAAGGGGACACGCCGCGCCCACACCCUACCCCGCAGUUCCCGCGGCCCUGCUCGUGGAGAAGGCGUCUUUGUCAUUGACGCCACGUGCGUGGUGAUACGGUCACAGUAUGUCCCAACCCCUCGAACCCAGCAUGUACAGCUUUUGCCCGAUGGGGUUCCGCGCGUCGUAGGGGAUGCCCCUAAUCAAUCGAAGCCCAACAAGGAGGAGGGCGAGGGAGCCGCGGCCUUUCCCUCCCCUUGCCAGAAACGGCUCUUGAGCAGUCGCCUUUCACACCAACUCGGUGGAGGGCACGGGUUCGAAGCUGAGGGCGGGAAGCCCGCGGACUCCUCCUUGGAGGAGCGCGCCUCCCGCAUCUUGGGGCUCCCUGUUGGCGAAGUAAACCUUCAGGACGCUCCCCCGCAGCCGGGUAGCCCAGAGCGCUCAGCCUCAGGCCCAGCGGCCUCAGGAGGCACGGUCGGUGCCGAGGGCUCGGAGGAAGGGGCGGCGGUCCCGCGGCGCGCUGGCCGGGGCUGGCCGCGGACCCCAGGGCCCUACGCCGGGGCCCUGCGGGAAGCCGUAUCCCGCAUCCGCCGGCACACCGCCCCAGACUCGGACUCGGACGAAGCUGCGGAGCUCAGCGUCCAUAGCGGCUCUUCUGAUGGAAGCGACACAGAAGCCUCGGGCGCCUCCUGGCGAAAUGAGCAACCCCGGCCCGGGGAAGGCGGGAAGACAGCAGAGCUGAGCGACAGCAUCCGAGAGAUUCUAGAUGUCAUCAGCCGAACCGAGGAGGCCCUCUUCGGAACGAGGGACACUAAGGGGACCCCACAGGGAAAUAGGGAGCGGCAGUGACAGGCCCUUCCUUGUAUUUGUGUUCCCCACUUUUCCAUCCUUGGGACCACUGGUCCUCUUUCCUCACAGACUUCCUUCUACCCCUUCCCCAGAAUCGUUCCCAUACUUGAAAUAGAAGCAGCCCAAAUGAAAGGAAAGGGAACAUAUGCCAAUUCACGAUUUAAUCCCUUCCUUUCUUUUUCCUUUCCUUUCCUUUCCUUUCCUUUCCUUUCCUCUCCUCUCCUCUCCUCUCCUCUCCUC